UCUCUUCCUCUGCAGAAAACAGACACCACAGAAGAAGUGGAGAGCUACGAGCCUCCCAAAGAGAAGAAGAAGACCAGGAAGGGGAAGAAGGGCGGAGCCAGCCCCGAGGACGAGGAGGGUGAUGAAGGUGAAGGUCAGGUUGAAGGAGAGAGGAACGAAGAGCAGAACGACAGCAAGACGACGCCUCCUGCUGCGCCUCCUGCUGCGCCUCCUGCUGCGCCUCCUGCUGCGCCGCCCUCAGACUCCGAUGAUGAGAGCGGAUCCCGGACUCGAACCAAGGCCAAAGGAAACAAGAAAGGAGGCAAAAAAGCGUCUGUGUCGGAGGAGGAGGAGGAGGACGAGGACGAAGGCGUGAGGAAAGGAGGCCAAGGAGGAGAGAAGGAGGAGGAGUCAGAGGACGAGGAGGAGCUCACCUCCAGGAGAGACAAGAAGAAGAACAAAGGCAAAGCAGCCAAGGUGGAGAGCGAGGACGAUGAGGAGCAGGACGAGGAGGAGGUAGGAGGAGGAGGAGGCGCCAAGAUGAAGACGGCGGCGCAGAAGAAGGCGGAGAAGAAGGAGCGGGACAAGAAGAAGAAGGAGGAGGAGAGGGCGAAGCAGAAGAAGCUGAAGGAGAAGGAGGCGAGCGUCGAGGUGAAGAAAGAGGCCGAGCCCCCUCAGGUGGUCGCUCCACCUGCAGCAGCCACUGAGGAACAGGAAGGGGCGGAGCCAGCAGCCGAGGAGGAGGGCGAGGGCGACAAGAAGAAGAAAGACAAGAAGAAGAAGAAAGGAGAGAAGGAGGAGAAGGAGAAGGAGAAGAAGAAGGGACCAAGCAAGGCCACAGUGAAGGCCAUGCAGGAGGCCCUGGCCAAGAUGAAGGAGGAGGAGGAGCAAGCCAAGAGGGAGGAGGAGGAGCGUCUGCUGAGGCUGGAGGAGGAGGAGAAGCUGAGGCUGGAGCAGGAGCGUCUGGAGCAGGAGCGUAAAGAGAAGAAGAAGCAGAAGGAGAAGGAGAGGAAGGAGCGUCUGAAGAAGGAGGGGAAGCUGCUGACUAAAGCUCAGAAGGAGGCUCGAGCUCGGGCCGAGGCCACGCUGAAGCUGCUGCAGGCUCAGGGUAUUGAAGUGCCAUCCAAAGACUCGAUGCCAAAGAAGAAACCGUUUUACGACCGCAGGAAGAAGAAGCCGAACGCUCAAACACCUGAAGAAACUUCAGAGGUGACUUCACCCGUGCCCGAGACUCCAGAGCCCGUUGCCAUGGAGACGGAGGCCGAGAAGCCGGCUGCAGAGCCAGAGGUGAAGCCAGAAGCUGCGGUGGACGACUGGGAGGCCAUUGCCACUGAUGAAGAGAAAGAGUUGAAGAAAGUCCACAUCGAGGUGAAGGAGGAGAAGAAGAGCGCUCCCGCUCAGCCUGCAGGCAGUGAGGAGGACGAGGAGGAGGAAGAAGACGAGGAAGAGGAUGAGGACGAAGAGGAUGACGAUGAGGAGGAGAGCGAAGAGGAGGCGGAGAAAGAGGUGAAGAAGGAGGCGACGGCGGCUGUGAGUCAGACCAAGAGGAGGCCGGCGAAGGAGAGCGAGGACGAGAGCAGCGAGAGCGACGACGACAGGACGAAGGAGGAGCGGCUUUACGACAGAGCGAAGAGGAGGAUAGAGAAACGCAGGGCAGAGAACAUAAAAAACACAGAUGUGGACACUCUGAGAUCUCCGGUGGUCUGUGUGCUCGGACACGUUGACACGGGAAAAACAAAGAUCCUCGACAAGCUGAGACACACUCAUGUUCAGGACGGUGAGGCUGGAGGAAUCACUCAGCAGAUCGGAGCCACAAACGUACCCAAAGAGACGAUCGAGGAUCAGACGAAGAUGGUUAAAAAUUUUGAAAAGGAAAACCUGAGGAUCCCCGGCAUGCUGAUCAUCGACACACCAGGUCACGAGUCCUUCAGUAAUCUGAGGAACAGAGGCAGCUCUCUGUGCGACAUCGCCAUCCUGGUGGUCGACAUCAUGCACGGUCUGGAGCCUCAGACCAUCGAGUCCAUCAACCUGCUAAAGGAGAAGAAGUGUCCCUUUAUCGUUGCCCUCAACAAGAUCGACCGUCUGUAUGACUGGAAGAAGAGUCCGGAGACCGACGUCGUGGCCACGCUGAAGAAGCAGAAGAAGAACACCAAGGACGAGUUCGACGAGAGAGCAAAGGCGGUCAUUGUGGAGUUCGCUCAGCAGGGUCUGAACGCCGCCCUGUUCUACGAGAACAAAGACCCCCGGACGUUCGUCUCGUUGGUUCCGACCUCGGCCCACAGCGGCGACGGCAUGGGAAACCUCAUCGCCCUAUUGGUCGAGCUCACGCAGACCAUGUUAGCACGCCGGCUAGCACACUGUGACGAGCUGCGAGCUCAGGUCAUGGAGGUGAAAGCGCUCCCCGGGAUGGGAACCACGAUAGACGUCAUCCUCAUUAACGGCACCCUGCGGGAGGGAGAGACCAUCAUCGUCCCGGGGGUGGAGGGACCAAUUGUGACGCAGAUCAGAGGUCUGCUGCUGCCUCCUCCUCUGAAGGAGCUCAGAGUGAAGAGUCAGUACGAGAAGCACAAGGAGGUGUCGACGUCUCAGGGGGUCAAGAUUCUGGGGAAAGACCUGGAGAAGACGCUGGCGGGGCUCCCUCUGCUGGUGGCCCACCAGGAUGACGAGAUCCCCGUUCUGAGGGAUGAACUGAUACGAGAGCUCAAACAGACUCUGAGCUGCAUCAAGUUGGAGGAGAAAGGCGUUUACGUCCAGGCGUCCACGCUGGGAUCCCUGGAGGCUCUGCUCGAGUUCCUCCGCACAUCUAAAGUCCCUUACGCAGGUAUUAACAUCGGCCCGGUUCACAAGAAGGACGUCAUGAAGGCGUCUGCGAUGUUGGAACACGACCCUCAGUACGCAGUGAUUUUAGCGUUUGACGUGAAGGUGGAGAGAGAGAGUCAGGAGAUGGCCGACAGUCUGGGAGUUCGGAUCUUCUGGGCUGAGAUCAUCUACCAUCUGUUCGACGCAUUCACCAAAUACAGAGAGGACUACAAGAAGGCCAAACAGGACGAGUAUAAACAUAUAGCCGUGUUCCCCGCCAAGCUGCGAGUUCUUCCUCAGUUCAUCUUCAACUCCAGAGAUCCCAUCGUGAUGGGCGUGUCGGUCGAGGCCGGCGUCCUGCGGCAAGGAACGCCACUCUGCGUCCCCAGUAAAGGGUUCGUGGACAUCGGCAUCGUCACCAGCAUCGAGAUGAAUCAUAAAUCCGUCGACAGCGCCAAAAAAGGCCAGGAGAUCUGCAUCAAGAUCGAGCCCAUUCCCGGAGAAUCGCCCAAAAUGUACGGCCGACAUUUUGAAGCCACCGACAUCAUCGUCACCAAGAUCACGCGGGCGUCCAUCGACGCUCUGAAGAACUGGUUCAGAGACGAGAUGUCCAAACCUGACUGGCAACUCAUCAUGGAGCUGAAGAAGACCUUCGAGAUCAUCUGAGGGACCAGAAACACACAAACGGAUUACACACACACACACACACACACACACACACACACACACACUUCUUCCCUCAGAUAGCAUCAUGAGGAAGAAAAUGAAAUGGAAAAAAAAUCAACCUAAAAAAAAAAUGUGUUUUUCUGUGAGAAACGAACUGUUUUUUCCACUGUUGUAAACAGUGAUAGUUUAGAGCACACACACACACACACACACACACACACACAGACGCAAACACACUCAUAUACACACACACACACACACACACACACACACUCAUACGGACACUCAGUAUUCCAACGUGCCUGUUCUUCUGCAUCAACGUUGUGUUACUUUCUUCUUCUCUGCUCUCUGAUUUGUGGCUGCUGAUUUGCGUCACAGGCUCCGCCCCCUUUCCUCCCCAGACUGACGAGCUUAACGAAGUCGACAGGUAUUCAGUCACACCAGGUGCAUUGUGGGAUUGUACUGCACAGAAACAGAGCUGAAGGAGGAAUAUAUUUUCUUUUCAUAAAACCACCAAAUCAUUGAGACGGCGCCGGCGAUGAGGUCGACUUUAAAGACUUUAACGAGCUGACUCAGCGUUGCGGUUUGUCGGCCAUGUUGGACGGCGCAGGGUGGAGGUUUAAACGAGGAGGUGACCUCUGGAAGAUUUUAAACUGUUUUUGCUGCAACUGCUGAUGUAAUAAAUUCCCAUGAUUCUGACGAAA